GUCCAAGAAUAGUUGGAUGAUGAGAAUGAAGGAGAUCGGUUAAGAGAAUCAUUGGUAUUUUAGCUUUAAGGGUGAUGUGGAGGAUGCAGGAGGGUAGAAUCGUGUCGCCUCUAGGACCGGUCGUCCUGCCUAGGGAGGAGGCCGACACGCGUGUUCCACUUUCGAUGCCUUCCCAGGAAAGGAGGCACGUGUUGUUACACGUACGCACUGCCGAUCCUUUUCUACGUUACGAAAACAACAACGUUAGGACUCAACAAACUAACGCGACUAAUCAAGUAUCGUCUUCCUCGCCACCAUCACCACCCCAUCAUCAUCAACAACAACCACCUAAUUCGUUGUCGAGUCCUGGCGUGACGACGAUUUCACCGAUAUUGAGAUCCGUAGCAAGAACUAACGAGGAUUUGGAUGGGUCCAGGAUUAGGGAUAGAAAGAACGAUGUUGAUAUGGAGAUGGAUGAUGAGGAUGAGGAUGAAGAAGAGGAAGGAAGAAGAAAGGAACGUGACAGGGAUGAAGAUGAAGAUGACGACGACGACGAGGACAUGGACGAUGAAAGGAAAACGAUAGAAAGGAGAAACAGGAGUAUGGGGGACGAUGAGGAUGAGGAUGAGGAACAAGAAGAAGAAGAUGAAGAAGACAGUAGAGAAAACAGGGACGAGGAGGAUGUUGAAGUUGACGUUUGCAGAGAAGAAAGUCCGGAAAGUAAUCCAAGUAGUCCGGUAGAUUUAACAGCACCCUCGUCAAGGGGUACCGAUCAACAACAACUCUUCCUUAAUCCCUUCGGUACCACUCGCAUGACGCACACUUUUUCUUGCGUUCAAGGAACUGGACCACCUGGUGGUGGUGGUGGUGUUGGUGUUGGUGUUGGUGGUGGUGGUGGAAUUCAAACGACACCUCACAACGUGCCGCCGUCGGUCUACAUUUCCGGACACGUAGCUGCUACUGGUUCCGCGGUUAUGACAAUUUGUUCCGGCGGUAAUGCAAGUUCGCGAACAGCAACUGGAAAUAUAACGAGUACUACGUCAACCAAUACCGUACCACCAACAACUAAAAGGUGUUUAGCAUUCUCCGUUGAAAACAUAUUAGAUCCAAACAAAUUCACCGGUGGGCGGGUUAUCCACAAUCGGGUUCAACAUCGACGUCAUCGUCAUCGAUCCGGCAGCGUACACGAAGAUGGAGACUCACGUGGAGAGUUUGCCUGUGGCAGCGGUCAAGAGGACGAAGAGGGAAAUGUUGAAACUGGGAUGGAGGAAACUGAGGAGGACGUGGAAGAGGACGACGAGGAGGAGGAUAUAGAAAUGAGAGUAGUGGUCGAUCGUGACCCCUCUAACGUAACACGUGACCUAGGAAAUCAGCCCUCUAUUGGUUCUAAUAAUAACAAUAACAACAACAACAAUAACAAUAAUAAUAAUAAUAAUAACGGUGCAUCGAACGGUUGCAAGAAGAGACAAUCCUCUUCCUCGUCGUCCUCAUCGUCGAGCGGCAUCCAAAUACAAAACUGUCAGAGUCAAAAUGGUCAAGAACAGAACACUCAAAACGGUUCGAAUAAUAGUGGGGGUGGUAGUGGUAGUGGUAGUGGUAAUAGUGGUGGUGGUAGUGGUAGUGGUGGUGGUAACAACGGUGGUGGUAGUACAGGUGGUAAACCAAGAAGAGCUAGGACUGCUUUCACUUAUGAACAAUUGGUAGCAUUGGAGAACAAAUUUAAGACUACGAGAUAUUUGUCGGUAUGCGAACGCUUAAAUCUUGCAUUGUCGUUGUCAUUGACGGAAACUCAGGUUAAAAUUUGGUUCCAAAAUCGACGGACCAAGUGGAAGAAACAAAAUCCUGGAUUGGACGUUAACAGUCCAACCGUACCAACGACCCCACCUCAUCCGUCACCUUAUGCACCUGCUUUCUUAUUCGCAACCCAUCCACAUCAACAUCCUUUGCCGCAUUCUCACGCGCAUCCUCAUCCACAUUCACACGCGCACGUACAUCAUCCGUCGGCGGUUGCACCUCCACCACCACCACCCGGUUAUUAUCAUCAUCCUGCAGCACCACCAACGGCCUAUGCUCCACCAGGAGCAGCAACCUUUUUCGGACAUCACCUUCCUACAACGCCUACGGCAGCAACGGCCUCUGCUGCAUCUGCGUCAGCAGCAGCUGCAGCUGCAGCAGCAGCAGCAGCGGUAGCUGCAACUUCGACACCUUCCUCAACCUCGGUAUUGGCCCUGUCAUCUCACACACAUACUCACGCAGCACAUCCACAACAACAUCCUCACGCCCAUCCGCACGCGUAGCGAACUCGAAAAUCCUCAUCCAUGAUCGAAUCUUAUUCUUCUUCUUCUUCUUAAUAAGGAUCAAUUUGCGAUAGAAAACAAAGAGAUGAACAAUUUUUAUUCACCUUUGUAAAAAUAUUCCAUUUUAUUUCACUGAAAGAAGGAAGAGAGAACAAGAGAUUACAAUCAAAUCCUUUUUGUCUGACUUGUCAUUCAGGCCAUUUUGAUUUUAAAUAAAUAUGUCUAAGUGUAUCCCACUGGUGGUAUACGGGGCACGGAACGUGUUAAAAAGUAAAAGGUUUUGAUGAACAAAACGUAUCAUGUUAUUUGAUUGUUUUUUUUGGCUAAUCUUUUCUUUUAUCAUUCUCUCUCUCUCUCUUUCUUUUUUCCACCAUCGAAAAAAAUAUGGGGGAAAAGAUAAAGUAGAUUCUAUCCCAUAAAAAAGAGUUUGUAGCUUUAAGGUAUGCGUGUGACCAGUGAGUGAAAUAAUACGUCCGAGUGAAAUUUAAAUAUACCAAAGUGAAAGAGAAAAAACUAUAGUGCGUGCGUGUAUGUGUGUGUGUGUGUGAGAGAGAGAGAGAGAGAGAGAUAGUAUGCAGGUGCAAAUACGCGAGAAAUCAAAAUGAAUUUAGCGAAAAACACACUAAUAUACACGCGUCAACUUUGAAACAAACACAAAACAUAAAUCCAUACAUUUAUACACGUACAUAAAAUACACAUACAUCACAGAAACACACACACACACACAUGGAUAGGAGUUUGGUGGAGCACACGGGAAUACAAGGACAAAUUUAUUGUGCUGAAAUUGUGGAAAAACGAACGACGUGAGGCGCCAAUGAGCGUUUCUCUGUAAAAUAAAUGCCU